UGCAGGGCCUGCUUCCUGAAUCCAAGGACUUGCUACACCCAUGUGCCAGGCUACAAUAAUGCAGUGCUUUUCCUUUAUACUGCAUUCAUGUCUCCGUGCUUUGUGCAUUUAAAGAUGCCAACCACUUCAUCAAGAAGCAUCCGAUGAAUGAAGCCCCAACUCUACUUAAUGUUGUUUGGUUUACCAAUUAGCUGAAACUUACUUCAUAUAACAUUUUUACGAGGAAGAUGGGAGGAAAUUCUUGGUUGACUGCAGUGAAGAGAGCUUUUACGUCUCCUACAAAGGAUAAUGAGAAGAGGAUUAAUGCUAGAGAAGAAGAGGAAGAGGAAAAGAAGAGAGGAAAAAGAAGAUGGAUUUUCAAGAAGCCUUCGAAUCAAGAAACAAUUACACAACACCGAGAAGUGAGGACCAUAACUACAACUGCAAACAUUUCUGAAGCUGAGGAAAGACAUGACAUUGCAGUGGCCAUGGCUGAAGCAGCAGUAGCAACAGCCAAAGCAGCCGUAGAAGCAGUUCGUCUUUCUAGGCCUUCGACUUUGCUUAAACGACAUUUGGCGGCCAUUGUUAUACAGACAGCUUUUAGAGGAUAUCUGGCAAGGAGAGCUCUUCGGGCUCUUAAGGCGGUGGUAAAACUGCAAGCUUUAGUUAGAGGCCACAAUGUUCGAAAGAGAGCAAACCAGAUUCUUCAAUGCAUGCAGGCUCUGGUUCGUGUACAAGCUCGGGUUCGUCAACAACGCAUGGCGUUUUGUACAAAUGACCACAGAUCCAUUAUUACUUCUCGAGAUGAAGGCGGCAGUGCAGAUGAUUUGCUCCAUUGGGAUGAUCAUGAUGAAAUUGCCUGGAAACGUGAAAAAGCUCUUGCUUAUGAUUUCUCUAAACAGAUACGGAGAAAUGGGAGAGACGGCGUUCAAAGUGAAGAAGAAGAGAAUCCCACUCCCAGGAGAUGGCUAAGAAGAGAAUUAAGAGAAACUGAGCCCAUAAAAACCGUUGAAAUUGACACCUCUCGCCCAUUCUCCUACGUCAAGAAAUCACCAUUACGCCAUAAUUACCAGCCACAAAGACACAGUUCGUUUUCGCAUUCUUCUCCUCUCCGCUCAGGCGGCUCACCCAUCACACCGUCGCCGACUAAAACCAGGACUCUUCAGGUGCAUUCGGCAGCAGUGCCAAACUACAUGGCGGCGACUGCAUCUGCCAAGGCACGAUUGCGGUCACAAAGUGCACCAAGGCAGAGGCAUUCAGCUUCAGAAAGGGCUAAAAAACGCCUUUCUUUCCCAAAUCCUGAUCCAUAUCUUAGUGAUCAUAGCAAUCACGAACAGCGAUCCUACGGGUCUUUCUGCAAUGACAGCAUGGAUGAGGAGAUUUAUCCACCUUCAACUACCAAUGAUUUAAGGUGGUGGCUUAGAUGAUUAAUUUCCCAAUUAAUUCAUCAGUGGCCUUGCCCAGGAUUGCAUGGAUGAUUGACGAAUGUGAUGCCUCAACCAUCAAUUUUUUUCUUAGUGAAUUUUACAAAAUGCCGUUCAUGUAAAACCCACUUAACAUUAUCAUUGCAUUUGGUUCCAUCAUACGUAUUUGACAGAGAAGAAUGUGCAAGGGAAGAACAUUGUCUA